AUGCCUUGGAAAGAUCAGCUCAAUCGUUUCAAACAAGAAUUGAACCAUCUUGUCGCCGAACCAAAAGCGGCAUCACAGCCACCACCCGUGCCGCCUCAUCCGCCAUCUGGGCCGCCGUUCCGUGGUGAGGUUUAUUGGAAGCCGCAGUUUUAUCCCAAUGCCCCCGUCAAUCAUGAGUGGGACGCAAAGCUAGGCAAUGGGCCGGAUGGAUGGGGAAAUCAGGAGCUGCAGUUUUACACUGCCGAGCCGCAGAACGCUUUCCACACUCCCGAAGGCAUGCUGGUCCUCCGAGCCCUUGCAAAUAACUCUGCACCUUCACCAGAGCAGCGUUAUACAUCAGCUCGCCUUGUCAGCAAGCAGACUUUGGCUCGCGAUAAAGGUGUUCUAACAGCCACCAUUUUAUCUCCCUGUGCUGAGGGUAUUUGGCCCGCCUUCUGGCUUCUGCCCAAAGAGCCCUUCUCUUGGCCGACCGACGGUGAGAUUGACAUUGCCGAAACGUGGAACGGAGAUCAUGAGAACCGGUCUUGCCUUCAUUGGGGACAUCACCAUGAACCACAGAAACAUCGAGUUUUGGGCUCUCGCAUUCCUGACAUGCACUGCCGUCCUGUACGAUAUGACUUUGCUUGGGAACAGCCAAACGGCGUGCCCGGCCAAGGAAGGAUGAUCUGGUACAUCGAUGGCAGACCAGUCAUGAAGGGCGAGGUUCCAAGCGGCACUCGUCCUCUUCGAGACAUGACCAUUCUGCUAAACGUGGCCAUCGGCGGAAACGUGUGUGGCGGCAAAACACCUCGGGAUGGAUACUAUGAUAUGGUUGUUUACAGUCUAUUCAUGGCGAGUGAGCUGGAAUACGGAGGAUGGGGCAGGUUUGAGCAAGACUGGCAUCAUCCCUCCGUGCCAUUGGGAAACACAUACUAG